ACGAUACGGAUUUGAUGAUGUAACUGCAGUUUGUGUUAGAUCCAAGGCACUGUUUUUUUUGUUAAUUGAAUUUUCUUCUUCUUCUUCUUCUUCUUCUUCUUCUUCUUCUUCUUCUUCUUCAUUUGAAAUGGUUGGCUGUUUGGGAUCACGGUAUUCACGGUGUUGAGUUGCUCAUUUAUGGAAGCUGAAAUGUUGCGGACGUUCAUUUGGUCUAGCUGUAAUUUUAAAUCUGUCCGUUUUAAUAUGUGAACGUUGAAAUUGUAUAUGCGGUUUCCUGAUCUUCUCUGUCGUUGGCACAAUUGUUCGUACUUGUAUUGAUUUGACUGAUUCUGUUUUCAAAUUUGGACCAGAUUCAAUGGUUGAAACCUAUGUGUCGUUGAUUAGUUCCCGGUUCCAGGUUUUGUUGAUUAAUUCCCUGAUUCAGGCUGUUGAGAACAAAUAAAAAUGGUGAAAAUUUGCUGCAUUGGAGCUGGUUAUGUGGGGGGACCAACAAUGGCCGUGAUCGCCCUGAAAUGCCCAUCAGUUGAAGUGGCCGUUGUUGAUAUCUCUGCUCCAAGGAUCAAUGCUUGGAACAGUGACCAACUUCCCAUUUAUGAACCUGGCCUUGAUGAAGUUGUGAAGCAAUGCAGAGGGAAGAACCUCUUCUUUAGUGUUGAUGUGGAGAAACAUGUUUCAGAGGCAGACAUCGUCUUUGUGUCAGUUAAUACUCCAACCAAAACCCAAGGUCUUGGAGCUGGAAAAGCUGCUGAUCUGACAUAUUGGGAGAGUGCUGCCCGUAUGAUUGCUGAUGUAUCAAAAUCUGACAAAAUUGUUGUUGAGAAGUCAACAGUUCCUGUUAAAACUGCUGAGGCAAUAGAAAAAAUUCUGACUCACAACAGCAAAGGCAUUAACUUUCAAAUUCUGUCAAACCCUGAGUUCCUUGCGGAAGGAACUGCAAUAAAUGACCUUUACAACCCUGAUCGUGUCCUCAUUGGAGGUAGGGAGACCCCAGAAGGUCAGAAGGCAAUCAAAGCACUGAAAGAUGUCUACGCCCACUGGGUCCCUGAAGAACGGAUCAUUUGCACUAAUCUCUGGUCUGCUGAACUCUCUAAGCUUGCCGCUAAUGCUUUCUUGGCUCAAAGGAUUUCUUCAGUUAAUGCCAUGUCAGCUCUCUGUGAGGCAACAGGUGCAGAUGUCACACAAGUGUCACAUGCUGUUGGCAAAGACACAAGAAUCGGUCCAAAAUUCCUCAAUGCGAGUGUUGGUUUUGGUGGGUCUUGCUUCCAGAAGGAUAUCUUGAACUUGGUCUAUAUUUGUGAAUGCAAUGGCCUUCCUGAGGUCGCACAUUACUGGAAACAAGUCAUUAAGGUGAAUGACUACCAGAAGACCCGGUUUGUGAACAGGGUGGUUUCCUCAAUGUUCAAUACCGUCUCAGGCAAGAAAGUUGCUAUUUUAGGAUUCGCCUUCAAGAAGGAUACUGGUGAUACAAGGGAGACCCCUGCCAUUGAUGUCUGUAAAGGGUUGUUGGGGGACAAAGCAAAGUUGAGCAUAUAUGACCCACAGGUUACUGAAGAACAGAUUCAGAAGGAUCUCUCAAUGAAGAAGUUUGACUGGGAUCACCCGACUCAUCUUCAACCAACUAGUCCUACUGCAAUUAAGUCACUUCAAGUGGUUUGGGAUGCUUAUGAGGCAACCAAGGAUGCUCAUGCCAUUUGCAUUAUGACUGAGUGGGAUGAGUUCAAAUCACUAGACUACCAGAGGAUUUAUGAUAACAUGCAGAAGCCUGCAUUUCUAUUUGACGGUCGGAACAUCGUGGAUGUGGAGAAGCUAAGGGGGAUUGGUUUUAUUGUUUACUCCAUUGGUAAGCCAUUGGACCAAUGGCUCAAGGACAUGCCUGCUGUGGCAUAAAGAAUAAAGAGUGUGAUUGAUAUUGGAAUGGCUUGUGAGCAGUAAAUGGUAUACCUGAUUCAUGAGAAGAAGUUUCAGUGUCCAAUAUGUUUUUGUUUUGCCUUUUCAUGACUAUUAAGAUUUGGGUUUAUGCUGUUCUAGAUUAGUUUUAAGUUCUGCGCUGAGUUCCAUGGCAUAGUAGCUUUUGAAUCUUUUCUGUACUUCAGUGGAAAAUCUGAAGCUGUUCUUUGAUACCCUAGAACAAUAAGUCAGUAACUCCUACAUUUGUAUCCCAUUCUCACCUUACUAUUAUUAUUAUCCAUUAUUAUCACUAUGUUUUUUGUGAA